CGAAACCAGAGUAAAAUUGAGAUCACCAAAAACAGGCCCAUUGGCAAGCUCCCUACUCAUCUCUGACUCUACAUCCAACCCCUGCAGUACAAGUUGGUAGAAUUGAGCGGGAACAAGAAGCGUUGCGUAUUGUUUUUAGUUUGCCUACAUCUUUCAAUAGAUUUUGUGUGUAAAUGAACAAAAAUGGAGCCAUUGAAAAUUCAUUUAGAUGCUCUAGAAAUGGCUGGGAAGACAGUGGACAAAUUUAUUAUUGCUGACAGUAAUUUUCCAUCUCUAAUUAAUCUUAUGCGCUAUAAUGUACAGGGUGGCCCAACUGUCAGCGGAUUGGAUGAUCAUGAUUAUCCAAAUUUGAACGGAGGAGCCUUAAGUUUGUCACAUAUUAAUCAAAUGAGAAUGCGUGGGAAAAUUCCCUUACCAUCUGAAGUAAUGGAACAUUUUGGCCAUAUGCAAUGCCACUGUAUGAUGGGAUUGUUUAUAGACAUUUCUAAAGCCUGGCUUACCAUCGACAGCGAUAUCUACGUUUGGUCUUUCGAAAACGAAUCGGACGUAGCAUACUUCGAUGGAUUAAAUGAAACCAUUAUAAGCGUGGGGCUAGUAAAGCCAAAACCAGGAAUAUUUCAAAGCUACGUGAAAUAUUUGCUUAUACUUACGACGACUGUUGAAAUUACUGUUCUUGGGGUCAUUUUAUCUGAUAAUGAAAACGAUUCACUUGGAGAAAUGCAAUUAGUACCAGAACCAAUUUUUACUGUACCUACCGACGGUAUAGCUAUUACAACCAUAGCGAACACAAGCACCGGUAGAAUAUUUCUUGGCGGCAGAGACGGAUCCUUGUUUGAAAUAUAUUAUCAGGCCGAGAGCAGCUGGUUUGGAAAACGAUGCAAGAAAGUGAAUCAUUCCGAAGGACCUUUAUCAUUUUUGGUUCCGUCAUUUGUGACUGUUGCUUUAGUAGAAGAAGAAGCUAUUGCACAAAUUUCAGUAGAUGAUUCUCGAAAUAUAUUAUAUACUCUUGGCGAUAAAGGCACUAUUACGGUGUGGGAUAUUGAUAAUGAAACUGCGUCAAAAGUCACAUCAAUAUCCCAAUCCUCCCUUGUACAAAAUGCAGUUCAUGUCGUGAAGACUUUGGAUAGCAAUAAUUUCAGACCAUUAGUGAGUAUAUCUGCAAUAAUGGAAUCAGAAUGUGUGCAUUUGAACUUAGUUGCUGUAGCAGCAACUGGAACACGUUUCUAUUUAAGUUGUACGUCCGGUACAAGUCUAUCGAAUCGACCGCAAACGCUUCAAUUAAUACACGUACGAUUACCACCGGGAUAUGCAGCGAAUGCUCCGGUGAUGAGACCAAGAAAGGUCCAAAUGGCACAUUACAGAAAGGGUACAUUAUUUCUUGUUUGUGGAGGUGAAACGGAAACUGUAUGGUGUCUUAGCAAUGACGCUUAUCCAUUUGUAACUUAUUUGGCUGAAUCACAGAGUAUUUUACCACUUGAUAGUCCAGUAUGGGCCAUGGCAGAGAUUUCAAUUGAAUCAUCCGUUCAUGUAGAAAAACAAAGUAUCUCACAAGGUGAACCACCAUUACUCGUUAGACAACAUAUGGAACCACCGAGGAAGUUCAUAUACCUUACUGCACAGGGAGUCAUAAAGUUGGAACAAGUACGUCCUGUAGAUAUUUUACAUCAACUACUUUUGGAACAACGAGGUCCUGAUACUGAACCUGUACGUGCUUACUUUCGAACACAAUCUCCCGAACAAGCUUGUGCUACAUGUCUCAUUUUGGCUACACAAGACGUUUCCCCAAACACACAG